AUGGAUUUGCAUAUCACAAAUUUAAAUCUUCUUUGCAGAGUUUGUGGUUGUUUUAUUGGGAAAAAAAACUACUUAAUUGGAGCCAUCCAAAAAGAUAAAAUUGAAAAGAUAAUUCACGUCAAAUUAACAGAUUUAGAAGGAGUUCAUCCUUCAAAAGUUUGUCCUAAAUGUUACAAAACAAUUAACAUAGUAAUAAAAGAAAUGUUAUCAACUACUCUGCUUUUAUGUACAAAGUGGACACCUCAUUGUGAUGACUGCUAUACUUGUCAUCAUGUGAAAAAACUGAGUCAGGGUGCUAUUUUUUCAAAUUCCCAAAUAAGGAGUAAAACAAAGUUUAUUGGCCAUCCUAAAAUUGGAGAAAAGGUCUGGAGUUUUUCUAUCUUGAGUACUUUAAAGGAAAAUAUUUUGACAUUGCACAAUUUGGAAAUAGACAACAAAGAUUUGGUAAAUGAAUUUAAUCCUUACUUACAGCUAUGCAUAUGUUGUUUAUGUGGUAAAAUACCAAAACAACCGGUAUCUUUGAAAAAAUGUGAACAUUCGUUUUGUGUUUUCUGUUUAGAGGAGAUCAUUAAAAUUAGGUUCUUUAAUGAAACUUCAUGCCCAAAAUGUAAUGAACCUUUAAUACCCGAAGACUUAGUUGCCAGCAAUAAAACAAACUCCCUUAUAAAAAUGUUAAGUGUUGAAUGUAUUCUAUGUAAAGCAAAGUUCAAUGUAAUAAAAGAAUAUGAUGUAUUAUACAUCAUAAGCUUAUAUGCAAUGGAAAACCUGUAA